CUGCCGUUAGAUCCAAACAUGCCGUUUGUGGCGUGGACGCCCGCCGCGUCGCCGCUCUUCGCGCGGCCCAAGGCAGCUACACCAACGUUGGGCGUAAACUAUUUAGAAGCCAGUCGAAAGGAGAUUGAGGUCGUUGUCGACACGUCCAACAAUGCGCGGCUCACGAUCGCCCAAGACAUGGGGCUUGGUGUCGGCGGAGUCCUCUGGAAUUGUGGACGCGCGCUGGUCCAGACCUUGUCGCGGCAUCCCGAACUCGUCCUUGGUCAGGAUGUACUUGAAAUGGGAUGCGGCAGCGGCGCGGCCAGCUUGGCAGCGGCCUUCUUCAAGCCUCGGUCGCUAUUGUUGACGGACCUCAACUCGAUCCUCCCGCUGGCACGUUUGAAUACCCAACGAGCGGUUCAAGACCAUCCGGCCGUGUUUGCCUCGCUCGACGUGGGGGUGCGCGAAUUCAAAUGGGGGGCUGCGCCACCGAGCCAAAAGCAUUCCUUUGGCCUCGUUCUGUGCGCCGAUUGUUUGUACGAGCCAUCUGUGUUUGGCGAUUUUGUCCAAUCUCUCAUUGAUAUGACCACGAGCGGCAGCCGAGUGCUCUUAGCGUACAAGCAACGAAUUCCCGAACGCGAAGAACAGGUCUUCCUUGGCCUGGCCAAGCUCUUUUCGAUCCAACUGUACUCGACAGACGCCAUGACGGGACUCAACUUUGACAACGACAAUGUGUUUGUGUUCAUGCUCACAAGGCGGAGCGGUGCUCGCGACCAGGUCUAAGCCGCGUGAACGUCGCUUGAUCAGCGCUCGAGUUUCCCGCCACAACAGAGAGCUUGUGCCGCAUUGAAAGUUGAAAAGCAAUUUUAAUGCAUAAAUGAACG